AUGGGCCUCAAGGACAGACUCGGCGUCCGCUCGCGCGAGACGACCGACCCUGACGCUGGUGCUACGACCACCACGGGAGCUGAGAUUCUCCCCAGCGUUUCUGCCAACCAUGACCCCGACCGCGAGCUGCGCCGCUUUCGCAAGCAGCACAAGUGGGAUCCUUUCCUCGACAUUGACAAGCUCGACAACAUUGACGAUGCUCUCGCGUCUGGCAAUGCCGAGAAGGAGGCCGCCAUUGACGAGUCCUUGAUCCAGGAGGACUCGCCGUACCCGGAAGUUCGGGCAUCGGUCCCUCCCACCGACAAGGAGAUGCCCGUCAACACGGUCCGCGCCUGGGUCAUCGGCAGCAUUCUUUGCACUAUUGUGGCAGCGUGUAACAUCCUGCUCAACCUUCGUCGUACUCCCAUUUCGAUCAACUCCACCGUCGUCCAGUUGAUUGCCUACCCAUUGGGUCUCGGAUGGGCCAAGUACAUGCCCGAAGCCUCGUUCAGGCUCUUCGGCCACACGAUCGAGCUGAACCCCGGUCCCUUCAAUGUCAAGGAGCACACCAUCAUCACGAUGAUGACUGCCGCAGGCAGCAGUAUCAGCUACUCGAUCGACAUUCUUCUUGCACAGGAGAUCUUCUAUAAGCAGUACUUCAAAUGGGGAUUCCAGAUCCUGCUCAUGCUCUCGACCCAGGCCAUGGGCUUUGGCGUUGCUGGAGUCGCACGCCGAUUCCUCAUCUGGCCGUCCUCGAUGGUGUGGCCUGCGACCCUUAUUACGUGUACCGUCAUGUACUCUCUCCACGAUCACAGGGCGUCCGACCCCUCGCAGACGAACGGCUGGAAGAUUGGCCGAUAUAGCUUCUUCCUGCUCGUCGCUUUGCUGACCUUUGCGUGGGAGUGGUUCCCCUUGGUUAUUGCCCCUUUCCUCAGCUACUUCAUGUGGGCUACGUGGAUUGCGCCCGAGAACGUUGUUGUCAACCAGCUCUUUGGCGGCAAUACCGGUCUGGGCCUGAUCCCAAUCUCUUUCGAUUGGUCCAGUGUCACAGCCUUCUUGAGCAGCCCGCUGCAGACGCCUGCUUUCGCUAUCGGCAACGUUGCUGUCGGUCUUUUGCUCUCAACACUCGGUGCGAUCGGCCUUGCCUAUGGCGGACCCGAGUACUAUAGGUACCUGCCCAUGAGCGCCAACUCCAACUUCGAUCGUUUCGCACAGCCGUACAACACGUCUCGCAUUUUGAACGCCGACUUCACCGUCAACGAGACCGCCUAUAAGGAGUAUUCACCUAUUCUUUUGGGACCGACCUUCUCGCUGUCGUACGGAUUGUCGUUCGCAACGCUGAUUUCCACCAUCACUCAUGUUGCUCUCUUCUACGGAGCUGACGUCUGGCACCGCGCCUGGGAUUCGAAGUACGAGGAGCCUGACGUGCAUCUCAAGCUCAUGCGCCGCUACAAGGAGGCACCUGAGUGGUGGUUCGCUACCAUCUUCGUCGUUAGCUUCGCCUUCGGUAUGAUUGCAUGCCAGGUCUGGAAGACGCACCUGCCCUGGUGGGCAUACAUCAUCUGCAUCCUUAUCGGCGUUGUCCUGUUCGUUCCUAUUGGCAUGGUCCAGGCUAUUACCAACCAGCAGACCGGUCUGAACGUCAUCACCGAAAUGGUCGUCGGCUACAUGAUCCCAGGCCGACCCGUCGCCAUGAUGCUAUUCAAGUCCUGGGGAUACAUGCUUUCCUACAACGGCUUGACGUACAUUUCCGACAUGAAGGUUGGUCACUACAUGAAGAUCCCACCUCGCAGCAUGUUUGCUGCUCAGGCAUUCGCUGUGAUUUGGCUGUCUUUCGUGCAAGUCGCUACCUAUAACUUCCUCCGAGGAAACAUCAAGGAGAUCUGCACGCCUCACCAGACCCAAGGAUUGACCUGCCCCAACGCGCGAACAUUCUACAAUGCCAGUGUCAUUUGGGGUGCCAUUGGACCGAAGCGAGUCUUCGGUGCGGGCGCGAUUUACUCUUGGACGAACUGGUUCUGGUUCAUCGGUUUCGCUAUUCCUGUGAUCCAGUUCUUUGUCGCCCGGCGCUAUCCCCGCAGCUGGACUCGUUACAUCAUCACCCCGGCCAUCUUUGGUGCUGCUGGACAGAUUCCUCCCGCUACCCUCUACUUCCUGUUGCAGUGGGUCAUCAUCGGCCUCAUCUUUAACGGUCUGAUCCGCCGCAAGUUCUUCGGCUGGUGGAGCCGAUACAACUAUGCCAUGUCCGGCGCGCUCGACAUUGGCACCGCUCUGUGCACUGUCAUUUCAGGCCUUGGACUUGGACUUAGCGAGACAAACUUCCCUGACUGGUGGGGAACCCUCGUCUGGCAGAACACGCUCGACUACAACGGGACUGCGGUCACGAGGCAGUUUAUCGAGAAUGUGACGGAACCUCUGGGCCCAAGCUCUUGGUAG